UGAGGCUAACUGCUUGCAGCUACACUCAGUCACAGAACGACAGGAAAAAGGCACCACCAUAAAAGGACGCCUGCUCAGCCUCUCUUAAAGCAACAUGCCCAGUUAACGAACCAGUGUGGGCAACACGGACUGCUACAGCGGAGGUUCCAGCCACCCUGACAUGUGAGUACCGGACACUCUUCUCUCAUGAAUACUUUGAAAGCCUAACUUUUAAGUGACCCUGACCCCUGCUGGAUACAGAAAUGGCCAACAAUUUCACUACAGCGCUGGCAGCUUCUCAGGGCAAUAACUGUGACCUCUAUGCACACCACGGCACGGCCAGGAUACUGAUGCCUCUGCAUUACAGCCUUGUCUUCAUCAUCGGGCUGGUGGGAAACCUACUGGCCUUGGUUGUCAUUGUUCAAAACAGAAAAAAAAUCAACUCAACCACUCUCUAUUCAAUGAACUUGGUGAUUUCUGACAUCCUGUUUACCACAGCCUUGCCCACUCGGAUAGCCUACUAUGCCCUAGGCUUUGACUGGAGGGUUGGUGAUGCCCUGUGCCGGAUAACUGCCCUGGUGUUCUACAUCAACACCUACGCAGGCGUGAACUUCAUGACCUGCCUGAGCAUAGACCGCUUCUUCGCCGUGGUGCACCCUCUACGCUACAACAAGAUUAAAAGGAUCGAAUACGCGAAGGGUGUUUGCAUCUCUGUCUGGAUUCUAGUAUUUGCUCAAACCCUGCCUCUGCUCAUCAAACCUAUGUCCAAGCAGGAGACUGGCAGGACAACUUGCAUGGAAUACCCAAACUUCGAGGAGACGGCUUCCCUCCCCUGGAUUCUGCUCGGGGCGUGCCUGCUCGGCUAUGUGCUGCCCCUCGUAAUCAUUCUCAUCUGCUACUCCCAAAUCUGCUGCAAACUCUUCAAGACUGCCAAGCAGAACCCACUCACUGAGAAAUCGGGUGUGAACAAGAAAGCUCUCAAUACAAUCAUCUUCAUCAUCGUGGUGUUCAUUCUCUGUUUCACGCCUUACCACAUAUCAAUCAUCCAACACAUGAUUAAGAAACUCUGCUCCCCUGAUGCCCUCGAAUGUGGCCAGAGAUAUUCCUUCCAGAUCUCCCUGCACUUCACAGUGUGCCUGAUGAACUUCAACUGCUGCAUGGACCCCUUCAUCUACUUCUUUGCAUGUAAAGGCUACAAGAGGAAAGUCAUGAAGAUGCUGAAGCGGCAAGUCAGUGUGUCCCUCUCCAGCGCCGUGCGGUCAGCCCCUGAGGAAAAUUCACGGGAAAUGACGGAGUCCCAGAUGAUGAUCCACUCCAAGGUUUCCAACGGAAGGUGAAAGGACAUGAGAGGACACACUGGGCUUCACAACAGAGCAAGCUGUGCGGUGGCCUCUGCAGACCGAGCUCAGUCCCAUUGCCACUCUGCCAAAGGAUGCACUGAGAUCCAGUCCAUCUCGAGGGAACAACAAAAGCAAGUUCUACUCCAUAGCUGAAAUACUCUAUGUAUAAGGAAAGGCUGCCUUGGUCAGUCUUGAUGUAAAAAGAACUGUUCUGUGUUCCUCAGAACACAGUUGUUACUAUCUCUGGCAAACAAUAAGACAGAUUCCACUGUGCACUGUCAGUGUAAAAAUGUUAAUACUGUAAUAUAGCAAACAUAUUUCUUAAUUUACACCUCUUUUAAUUUUAGACUUUAUCUCCCCAGUUUUUAUUUGCUUGUUUGUUUUGUUCUGAGACAGGGAUUUUAAGGAAAAUUUUGUGGGAUAAAGAACAGGAGGUAACAAAUGUAUUAGUAUGGCGGUGCCAGCGACCAGCGGCGGUUACAAGUAUAGUGAACAAAGGGUUAAUGUAGAGAGUAAGAUGCUGGUGAGCAUCAGUGGCUGAGAGCAUCAGCUCCUCCACACUCCUCCACACACAGCCAGGGCAGCACUCUGGACCCCUGCUCAGAAGAACGGCAGGGCUUUCCAGGGAGGCUCACAGUGGAAGCAUGGCUACAUGCUACACUCCGCUGACGACAGAAAAUGCCUGGUCUACAGAGUGAGUUCCAGGACAGUCAAGGUUGUUACAUAGAGAAAUACUGUCUCUAUAAAUUGUGCAUUUAUUUCCUGAUUUAUUUAGGCAAGUAUGGCAAUUAUAAUUGUCAUCCUCACUGUUCCCACUGCUUAAAAGCUAAUCUACAGGUAUAUAUAUGCCAGAUACUACCAAUGUGCACGGAUGCUUUAUUUUCCUUGGCUUUCCUAGGAUUUUUUUUUUUUUGAAUUGGCAUAUAUAUACUUGUACUACCUGAAGAGGCCAGAAGAAGGUGUCAGAUCCCCUGGGACUGGAGUUAUAGAUGGUUGUGAGUCACCAUGAAAGCAUUGGAAACUGAAUGUGGGUCCUCUGGAAGAGCUCUUAACCAUUGAGCCAUCUCUAGAAAACCCUUUUCCUCAUUUGAGACUUUACCAGUCUAGCUAGCCUGGAAUUCUCUGCAUGGAGAGGCUAGCCUUAGACUGUGUAUGAUCCUACUGUCUCUUGCCUCCUUCGUGCUGGGACUAGAAGUAUCACAGCAGCCUGCUGCGAUUCUUUGUGACAUUAUACAACUGCCUUACAGGCAGCGUGGCUUCCUAAACACUGUUUACCUGAUCACAUUUGCUUUCCUUUAGUCCUGAAAUUUCCCCAGUACAGUUUCUCAGUUGGUAAAGAUACCAAUUUAGAUAAUAGGAAAGAAAUAAAACACUAUACCAUGAGUCAUAAUUUCAA